AUGGUGCUGAAUUGGGAGAAGUGUCAUUUCAUGGUCCAAGAAGGAAUAGUGUUGGACCACAAGAUCUCAGCUCGAGGGAUAGACGUAGACCAAGCAAAGAUUGAUGUAAUUGAAAAGCUACCUCCGCCAAUAAAUGUGAAAGGCAUCCAGAGUUUCCUUGGACAUGUUGGAUUCUACAGAAGAUUCAUAAAGGAUUUCUCCAGGAUUGUCAGACCCUUGAGCAACCUGCUGAAUAAAGAUGUUGUGUUUAAGCUUGAUGAAGAAUGCUUGACAGGCUUUCAGACCUUGAAGACCAGUGUCGUGUCUGCUCCCAUAAUAGUGGCACCUGACUGGAGUAAAAAGUUUGAGCUCAUGUGCGACGUUAGAGACUAUGCAGUGGGGGUAGCUCUUGGAUAA